AUGGCUACAAAGGAGACAACCCACCUCUAUGAAGGCAAGACUGUGAUUAAGAAGUUCGUGGUGAUUCUAAUGAAAGUGAGAAGCAAAAAUAACCAAGAGAAAGGCAACUGGAAGGUGAGUAAAGAUGAAGGCAAUGACAAGUUGCAGACUGAGAAAGCGGCUGUUAAGAGUUCACAACCUUCUUCUGGAGCUGUCCAAUUGGUGUUACUCGUGGCAUCAAUUCAAGGAGAUGAUGGCCGCGUUUCCCCUGGCGGUGCUCCUCAUUUUUUUGGGGUUUCUUGUGGUUCUCAGCGUCAUCAUUAUAGCUCUGGUUCUCAGAAAGGAGAUUCUGCAUCGGGGUCCAAUGAAGAAGAGGCCUGGAAUAUUGAAGACGUGGAGCAGUCGCCAUGUCCGGCACCAGCAUCAUUUGAAAGUGGAGCAUUUCAAGGACAAUCAUCAUGGCAUUCAAACGAAAGGGAAGCAUCAUCGGGAAGAAGCGGGAGGGUCUACCAAAUUGAUGUGUUCCUCAGUUUCAUUGUGGAAGACACGGGGAACACUUUCGCCGGCCAUCUCUGCGCAGCACUGGAAGUAGGAGGGAUUCGCACCUUCAUGGACGAAAGGCUUCAAAAGGGAGAUCAGAUCGAGGACAUGCUUGGAUACAUUGUGAAAUCGAAGAUUUUUGUGCCCAUCUUCUCAAGACGCUAUGCUCAAUUGUGGUGGUGCCAGAAGGAGGUUGCCAAGGCGGUGGAGACGAAAAGGUUGAUCCUUCCAGUGUACUUCGACGUCGAGCCUGCCGACGUUAGGAAUCAAAGGGGACAAUACGAAGAUGCAUUUCAGCGUCACGUGAACGAUAAGAGGUUGAGCGAGGAGACUGUAAGUGAAUGGAGGGACGCAUUGCGGCGAGCAUCAGACUUUUUAGGUUAUUCUCUUGCAACAGAGACCCAGGGGCAUGAGGCGGAGCUCAUUGAAAUGAUUGCGAGAAGGAUUUUUGGAGUGCUACGCGAGAAUGACUUGGAUGUUGGCAAAUACCAGUUUAUUGGAAUCAACAACCGUAUCAAAGAAUUGAUGGAGUUAAUAGAUGUGGAGGAAGAGAACGGUGCGAGAAUGGUAGGCAUCCACGGCAGUGGAGGCAUCGGGAAGACGACGCUUGCCAAAGCCAUUUUCAACAAGAUUUCACCAAACUUCGAAUUUUGCAGCUUCAUCUCAAAUAUAAGGGAGGUUUGUGCUCAACGUAAUGGACUCAUCUCCUUGCAAAACCAACUCAUUCGGCAACUUUCACGAUCGCGUGAGCCUCAGAUACUUGACCCGAGUGCUGGGUGCAAGAGGAUCAAGGAACUCAUGGACGGAAAGGUUAUCCUUCUUGCUCUUGAUGAUGAAAAGCAACUCGACGCAUUCGCCUGCAGACAAGAAUGGCUCAGCCCAAAAAGCAAAAUCAUUGUCACCUCCAGAUACCAGCAAGUCCUGAGCAAAGCCAGUGUGGAAAGGCAAUGUGUUUACCCGGUUAAACGUUUGAGCGAGACACAGUCUCUUGAACUGUUCUGUUGCCAUGCUUUUGGCAAGGAUGAGCCAACAGCAAAGCUGAAGGAAUUAUCUAAAGGAGUUGUGCAAACCACCAACGGCAUACCGUUGAUCCUUGAAGUAUUCGGUUCACUAUUUUCUGGCGUACAUUGCGCAAAAGGAUGGAGAAAGCUGUUGAGAGAAUUACAGGAAAAUCAACACAAAAUGAUCCAUGAAAGACUAAGAAUAAGCUAUAAUGGGUUAGAAAAGAAAGAACAGCAAAUAUUUCUAGAUAUCGCUCGUUUGAUUUAUAAAAUAGAUAAAGCAGCACCAUUUUAUACGUGGGACGAUGGCCAUCUUUUCCCUCAUUUGUCUAUUCAAACCCUGCAGCGCAGAUCCUUAAUCAAGAUUACCAGUGAUGGACAGUUUGAAAUGCAUGAUGAAAUACGGGAGAUGGGCAGAGCGAUUGUCGAAAGAGAUGACUGCUUAUAUCCAUACAGACGUAGCAGACUAUGGAAUGGGGACUCCAUGCUGGAAGCAGGAGCAGCAUCUUUCUCAGGAAGAAGUAGGGGAAUCUUUCAGUUUGAUGUGUUCCUCAGUUUCCGAGGAAGAGACACACGCAAAACUUUCACCGGCCAUCUCUAUGCAGCUCUAACCCGGAGAAGAAUCCACACCUUUAUAGAUUACAAAUGUCUGAAAAAGGGGGAGAGCAUCCAUAAAUUGCUUGAAUACAUUGACAAGUCGAAGAUUUUUGUGCCCAUCAUCUCGGAGGCUACGCUGAAUCACAGUGGUGCCUCAUGGAGGUCACGCAGAGGGUGA